AUGGCUCUGAGUGGCAACUGCAGGACUUACCUUCCUCCUCGAGAGCAGGGGACUGGGCUGCACUCCUUCCCGGAGGUGGUGGAGCUCAACGUGGGUGGCCAGGUUUACUUCACUCGCCACUCCACCUUGGUUGGCACCCCGCACUCCCUGCUGUGGAAAAUGUUCACCCCAAAGAGAGACACGGCCAACGAUCUGGCCAAGGACUCCAAGGGAAGAUUCUUCAUCGACAGAGAUGGUUUCCUUUUCCGCUAUAUUCUGGACUAUCUCAGGGACAAGCAAGUGGUUCUGCCCGACCACUUCCCAGAGAAGGGAAGGCUCAAGAGGGAGGCUGAGUACUUCCAGCUCCCGGACUUGGUCAAACUCCUGACUCCCGAGGACAAGCAGAGCCCCGAUGAUUAUUGCCACAGUGACUACGAAGAGGUGUCCCAGGGCAGCGACACGAGAAUAUGCGCACCCUCGUCGCUCCUCCCGCCCGACCGCAAGUGGGGAUUCAUUACCAUCGGGUACCGCGGCUCCUGCACUAUUGGCAGGGACAGCCAAGCAGACGCCAAAUUCAGGAGGGUCCCGAGGAUUUUGGUUUGUGGAAGGAUUUCUCUGGUCAAAGAGGUCUUUGGAGAAAGUUUGAACGAAAGCAGGGACCCAGACAGGGCUCCAGAAAGGUACACCUCCAGGUUUUAUCUCAAGUUCAAGCACCUGGAGAGGGCUUUCGACAUGCUGUCCGAGUGUGGAUUCCACAUGGUGGCCUGUAACUCCUCGGUGACAGCUUCCUUCGUCAACCAGUACACAGACGACAAGGUCUGGUCCAGCUACACCGAAUACGUCUUCUACC